CUGACCCCCAACCCCCCAUACCAAUCCUGACCCCUCUAUUGCAGCCUCACUCCCGCCCCCUCCCAUUACAGCCCCACUGCAGCCCCCCAUUCGCAUCCUGCCCCCGUUUGCAGCACUCUCACCCCCUUUUGCAGCCCAACGUCCCCCCCUGCAGCCCGGCCAUGGCCUGCAGCCUGAAGGAUGAGCUGCUGUGCUCCAUCUGCCUCAGCAUCUACCAGGACCCGGUGAGCUUCGGCUGCGAGCACUACUUCUGCCGCCGCUGCAUCACAGAGCAUUGGGUGCGCCAGGAGCCGCAGGGCGCUCGCGACUGCCCUGAGUGCCGCCGCACCUUCACCGAGCCCACGCUGGCCCCCAGCCUGAAGCUGGCCAACAUCGUGGAGCGCUACAGCGCCUUCCCCCUGGAUGCCAUCCUGGGGGCUCAGCGCAGCCCCUUCCCCUGCAAGGACCACGAGAAGGUGAAGCUCUUCUGCCUCACCGACCGCACUGUUGUCUGCUUCUUCUGCGACGAGCCGGCCAUGCACGAGCAGCACCAGGUCACCAACGUGGAUGAUGCCUUUGAGGAGCUGCAGCGGGAGCUGAAGGAGCAGCUGCAGGGCCUGCAGGAGAGCGAGCGAGGCCACACCGAGGCCCUGCACCUCCUCAAGAGGCAGCUGGCCGACACCAAGUCAUCGGCCAAAAGCCUGCGGGCCACCAUCGGCGAGGCCUUUGAGCGGCUGCACCGGCUGCUGCGGGAGCGGCAGAAGGCGAUGCUGGAGGAGCUGGAGGCCGACACGGCGCGGACGCUGACCGACAUCGAGCAGAAGAUCCAGCGCUACAGCCAGCAGCUGCGCAAGGUGCAGGAGGGCAGCCAGAUCCUGCAGGAGCGCCUGGCCGAGGCUGACAAGCACGCCUUCCUGGCCGGCGUCGCGUCCCUGUCCGAGAGGCUGAAGGGGAAGAUCCACGAGACCAACCUGACCUACGAAGACUUCCCCACCUCCAAGUACAUGGGGCCGCUGCAGUACACCAUCUGGAAGUCGCUCUUUCAGGACAUCCACCCGGGUGAGUGUGAGGGCGCGGGGAGGUGA